GAACUCUGAGUGUGCUGACUGUUGGUAACAAGUUUAAAGUGACUUAGGAGAUUUUAAUGAUCUUUACCUUCAGCACAUGUAUCUCAACAUAAUGUUAGUUAUAUCAUGCAUAAAGCUCUGCCAGUGUCCCUUUCUGCACGUUCUGUAUAAGAAAUGAUGUAUUUUGUUUUAUCUGAAGCUUGCCCUAGGGCACCAUUGCUGAGUUUAUGUUAAACCUGAUUGCUGUAAGCUGGGUUGUGGAGUUUGGAUCAGACAAUAGCUUUUAAAAAGUGAUUUAUAAAAGCUAAUCCCUCUGUCAUGACUUGGAUAGAGUUUAAGGUAAAGCCCUGGUAGCUUGGCUACACUCUAAGAUGAUUCAGAGGCUGCAAGUUGGUUUAAGAUUUUAAUUCCUGGGAAGGAUAAUUUGGAAGCUGUAGAAUGGUGGGGUCUUUCGUUGAAAUGAAACCACUCAGAAAGUAAAAAGCCAUGGGAAUAAAGUUAUACUUUGAAUAAAUGGUAUGCCCUUUUCUGGUCUGAGUUUGACCCUCACAUGAAAGAAAUGGAACAAGUAGCCCUGAUUUGCCAGCAAAAGAACCUUCCUGCCUGAGGGCUGCAAGAUGGGGUCUAUUGUGAAACCUAACACAGGGCUUUAGAAACCUUACACUGUACUGUUAAGUUUAAUUUUCAGUUGGAGCUAAUUUCUGUUUAUGCACAAAAAGUGUUGCCACCCUUGACAGUAUAACUAAUGUGAGGUAUCAGAAUUGCAGCCUUCAUUUAACCGAAUGGCUUUUCAGCUUUGUAACAGCAGAAAUUCUCACUUCUAUUCAGUCUACUGAAUUUGGGAAAAAUUCCUUUUUUGGUGGAACCUUUUAAAAUGUCACUCAUACGUAGAGUUAUUGCACCCACUUGUGGACGAAAUCAAAACUACAGGGGCUGCAGGAGGUGAAUUCCUCACUGUUUUAAUUUUAGUGAUAAUUCAAAUCACUGAAGCUGUGUAAUAUUUUGUUCUUUCCAGUCACAAGCCACCCUCGAAUCUGUCCACUGCAGAAGGGAGCUGUGUUGAAAACAACUUCUGCCAUGAGAUGAGGUCCUAGUAUGGUUUUGUAACUGAUGUAGUAACCUGGACUUUGAUCAGGAGGGGAGAACCUGACAUUCCUGAAAAUGGCAGCUGAGAAGUCCACAGAAGUUGGAAAAGCUGCUAGACAAUUCGUCCUUAAAGAAGAGGUAAUUGCAGAAAGGAAAUGGUUGAAACUUGAAGAAACAACUUACACUGAUCCCUUUGGUAAAACCAGAACGUGGGAAACUGUAAAGCGUACUGGCAACAAAAAGGGGAUCUCAGCUGAUGGUGUCGCAGUGAUAGCAGUACUACAGAGAACUCUCCACUACGACUGCAUUGUCCUCGUGAAACAGUUCAGGCCCCCAAUUAAUGGCUAUUGCUUGGAAUUUCCUGCAGGCCUCAUUGAGGAAAAUGAGACUGCAGAAAGCGCUGCAUUGCGAGAGCUGGAGGAAGAAACAGGGUACAAGGGGGAGGUCACUGAAUGUACUCCAGCUCUCUGCUUGGACCCAGGUUUGUCAAACAGCACCACACACAUUGUGAGCGUCACCAUUAACGGGGAUGAGGCUGAGAACACAAGACCUAAGCAAAAACUGGAUGAUGGAGGUAUGUUGGGUAACUGCUCCCACUGACAGCAAGGUCAAGAGUGAGCUACGUAUGAAUUUGUGGAAGUUAUUUCACUUCCAAAGAACGACCUACUGCAAAGAAUUGAUGAGCUGGUGGCAGAAGAACACCUGGCAGUGGAUGCCAGGGUUUACACCUAUGCACUGGCCCUCAAGAGUGCAGCAGAAAAACCGCUCCAAGUCCCUUUUAUGAAGUGAGAAAUGUGGUUGGAAACUGCCCUGUUCAGAUGGCUCGGAAGGUUUAACUUUCCUUGUAAUAGAGGUCCUUUGCUUUACUUGUAGAGCAAAAGUAUUCAUAGGAAUGGCCCUGUUAUUUUUAUCUGGAAUUAUGUAACUAACAAAAAGUGUCCCUUUAACUGCUCAGGCUGUCAGACCUUGACUGAAUAAUGGUAAUAAAAGUGCUGUUUAAUUUUCA